AGCGUGAAAAUAUCGAUAUUUAUUCCAUCGCUAGCCGAGUUUUUGUUAUUAUUCAGCUGUUUUUUAGUUAUAGUGCGUAGAAUUUUUGCACAAAAUGUUUAAGCCAGAAAAACAUGGGCUUGAGCCCGACUUUCAAUUAACAAAGUUCACCACUCACACUGGAUGAUCUUGCAAAAUCCCCCAAAAAGUACUUGAGAAGUACCUAAGGGGAACAGAAAUAGAAAAUAAGAACAAUGAUGGAUACCUUAUCGGCUCUGGAAUGGACUGCGCAGUUAUACCUCUGCACCGGCACAAAGACUACUUACUUGUUCAAACCGUUGACUUCUUUUAUCCCAUGGUGAAUGAUCCUGAGCUCUUGGGACGUAUUGCACUUGCUAAUGUCCUGAGUGAUGUUUAUGCGGUUGGGGUGACCGAUUUUGAUACCGUGGAAAUGAUAAUCAGUACAUCUACGAGUUUCACUGAAAAAGAACGAGACAUUGUAAUUUCAUUAGUCAUAAAGGGUUUUAAAAACUCUUUAAACGCAAACGGCUAUCAUAAAACACCACUUGUGAUAAGACAACUGAAGAUCAAUCCUUGGUGUAUUAUAGGUGGCAUAGCAACAUCUGUGUGUCGACGUGAUGAGAUCAUUCUGCCAUCGAAUGCGCAGCCUGGCGAUGUUUUAAUCCUCACAAAACCUCUGGGAGGACAAAUGGCGAUGGAUGCUCACCUUUGGCAACUUAACCAGACUGAAAAGUACAAAACCCUGCUGUCUGAGUUCAGCGACGAUGACAUUAGGGAAACUUUUGAUAUCGCCGUUAAAUCUAUGACUUAUUUGAACAAAAAUGCCGCACUUUUAAUGCACAAGUACCAGGCGCAUUGCGCUACGGAUAUUACAGGAUUUGGUUUAUUGGGGCACGCCAAUAACCUCGCCCAAUUCCAAAAGGCAAAGGUCUCGUUCAAAAUUAACAAACUGCCAAUUAUCAAAAAUGUACUUAAGUUCAGCACUUUAAUUGGCCAAAGCGCAAAGUUUCGUUCGGGAAGGUCGGUAGAAACCUCUGGAGGACUGUUGAUUUGCCUUACCCCCGAUGCCGCAGAUCUAUUUUGCCGUGAAUUUGAAGAAGUUACAAACGGAGAGCAAAAAUGUUUUAAAAUUGGACACGUACAAGGCGCAAAGGAGUCGAAUGCAGUUUUGUGUGAGGAAGUAGAGCUCAUUGAAGUAAGCCUUUAAGUAAAUGGUAAAAUUAAUUAUUCAACCUAUGACGAUUAUUUCAUAAAGGCUUUUUGGCUUGGAAAUAAUCUAAACUUUAUGUACAUGCAAAGUGUAUAAUAAAUUUGAUGAUUAAUUAACC